UGGAGCCCGGCGGCGGCGGGGGAAGGGGAGGGAAGGAACCCCCAGCGCGAGGGGGCGGAGCCAGGUAGUAAAGUGGCUCCUCCUCCUCCCGAGUUCGGCCGCCUGCUCAUUCAUGAGUGUGGCGAAGCAGCCGGCGUCUGUGCGGAGCCCCCGCCGUGCCAAGCGCUGAGCCCCGCGGCGCUGGCGGCCAUGGUGGAGCUGCGGGAGAUGGACUGCGGCGUGCUCCGGCGCCUGCUGCCUCCGCGGGACGAGCGCGGCGGGAAGUGCCUCCUCUUGGACUGCAGGCCUUUCCUGGCGCACAGCGCCGGCUACAUCCGCGGGGCGCUCAACGUGCGCUGCAACACCAUCGUGCGGCGGCGGGCCAAGGGCUCGGUCAGCCUGGAGCAGAUCCUGCCGGCCGAGGACGACGUGCGCGCCCGACUCCGCUCCGGCCUCUACGCCGCCGUGGUGGUCUACGACGAGCGCAGCGUCCGGGCCGAGGGCCUGCGGGACGACAGCACCGUGGCGCUGGUGGUGCGCGCCCUGCGCAGGGAUGCCGCUCACGCCGACAUCUGCCUGCUGAAAGGUGGCUACGAGAGGUUUUAUUCAGAGUAUCCAGAAUUCUGUGCAAAGACCAAAUCUCCCACGACACCAUCUCCGUUGGCCUCUGUGGACAUUCUUGAGCAUGGCUGGAGCUCCUGUGGGACCCCGCAGCACGAUCAGGGUGGCCCAGUAGAAAUCCUUCCUUUCCUGUACCUCGGCAGUGCGCAUCAUGCUGCAAGGAGAGACAUGCUGGAUGCUUUGGGGAUCACAGCUUUAUUAAACGUUUCAUCAGACUGCCCGAACCACUUUGAAGGACACUUUCAGUAUAAAUGCAUUCCAGUGGAAGACAACCACAAAACGGACAUCAGCUCCUGGUUCAUGGAAGCCAUUGAAUACAUAGAUUCUGUGAAGGCGUGUCACGGGCGGGUCCUUGUGCAUUGCCAUGCUGGCAUCUCCCGCUCGGCUACCAUCUGUUUGGCCUACUUGAUCAUGAAGAAACGAGUGAAGCUGGAGGAAGCCUUUGAGUUCGUCAAGCAGCGCCGGAGCAUCAUCUCGCCCAACUUCAGUUUCAUGGGACAACUGCUCCAGUUCGAGUCCCAGGUGCUGACAACAUCAUGUGCUGCUGAAGUUACGAGCCCCUCGGGGACACUAAGGGACCGGGGGAAAACCACUUCAACACCCACAUCCCAGUUCGUCUUCAGUUUCCCUGUUUCGGUGGCAGUUCAUGCCACCCCCAGCAACCUCCCUUUCCUGCAUAGCCCCAUCACCACCUCCCCCACUUGCUAGAGGGGGCCGCCACAGGUUGCGCCCUGACAUAGAACAAUUUCUUAUGGCCCCCUGGGGGUCACAGAUUGAACUGCAAUAAAGUACUCUGUUCACCUAAGAGCCAGUUGGAAUCCAUCCAAAGAGGGCGCAAUACGGGCGGAUGUUACUGCUUGAACAGGGCCUAAGGGGAGGUGGGGUGGGGAGGAGGAAGUUCUAGUGUGUCCUUGGCUGGCUUGUCUUACCUCAUUGGUUUUUUUUAAAAGCUUGAAGUUAUGAAAUCCUUAAAAAAUGGGCAUUUUGGUGUGGGGGGAGAGAUACAAUUCAGUUUGGCCUGUCAUGGCUGAAGAUGUGCAUCCGUAUCUGUAGCACCGUGCUUGUUUGAGGUCUUAACUGGAUGGAUAUGGGUUUCGACGUUUUGUGUGCCUCAGGACACCUUUACUUACCUACAGCUGAAGUGGGGACCACAGUGUCCCAAAGUGCCUGGUUUUUGAUUUGGCAAUGAGUUGACAAAUUCCAAAUUGUUGCUUUUUUUAAAAGAAGCUCAGCUUUGUUGAAAGGAAGACCCUGAGAUGGCUGCCCUACUGCCAAGGGAGUCUCUAAAAUGCCACUGUUGACAAAUAUCUGGUGUAGUUUUGAUCCAGUCAAGGAUGAGUUCCAAUUUCUGGUUGUAGACUUCACACUCUUCAUUGGAGAAGAUGUUUUCUCAUACUUCGAAGUCAGGAUAAGACUGGGCAAAAGUUGGGCUAUUUCUGUAGGCCCUUGGGGAGGGAGGAGUAUCCCAAAGUUUGAUCUUGUCUGUUUAGACCUGUCCCUACUCAUAAGGAGUAAACUGAGAUGUUCAGCCUUCCUUCCUUGUGUCUGAAUCAGUUAGCAGGCCGGCCAGCUAUAGAUUAACCUGUUGUCUUCUCAGUCAAGAGGAAGACAAGUAAUUCGGCAGAUUGGAAGAGCAACCCUCAAAGAAUACUUCCAACACCUGAAUUACAAGCUCUGCUGCCUUGUGUUCUGGGAAGGAAGGAAAGAUGGGCAAUGAAAUAUAAAGAGCUCUCUCCAAAACUGAAGGGGCAGACCGCUUUCUCUUGUUGUGCCUAGGGGGAGAGGUGGCUGUGAACAAGAUCUUUCCACGGCGAAGCACUGAUAAGUAGAGAUUUUUCAGCUAGUUGCCUCUACUUUCUUUAAGAACCAGGAAGGCUCUGUUUUUAAAAAGUCUCCAGUUUGGCCAAUGGUAACUGUGCCUUUUUUGCUCUUUGUAAGCGCACAAUAUGAAGUUCGCUGUGGCUGCCAAGAUUGGGGGGGGGGGGCGGCGGGAUGUGAUAUUGUUGUGGGAGGUAGAAAGACUGCCCUAUUUCGCUUCAGUUGAUUUAAGUGCCAUAGAAUAAAAGCUAUUUUAAUGCACCUGCAUUGUGGGAGGAAAUAAUAGCUAUUCCGCUUUGGAAAUGAGACUGCAAGGUCUUCCAAACCAGAACUCCACUAGCAACUCCCAGGUAACAGGAAGGGCUCUCUGCCUAUUAGUUGACACAGCGAAAUGAUAUGUACAAGCUGGGCUGGGAUAUUUAUGGAAGAGAGCCAUGAACUCAAGGGUGAGCCAAAGAAUUACCUUCUUAUAUUGAUCACUUGUAGUACAGGGUAAAAAAAAUGGCUUGACAGGUAUACAUGUACUUUGCUGAACAAUUUGAGAAUGUUAAGUAUGGAUGUUAAAAAAAAAUUUGGUGGCUUAGUAAACAAGGUCUAUUGAGUGCAUUUUGGUUAGAACAGUGUCCUCUUGGACACCUCUGGAAAUUUCCAGGUAGCUUUUCCAUACUCCCUUAUCCUGGAUAAUAGAUACUUCUCUUGAAAAUGGAGGUUCCAUUUGGCUAUGGUGAUUUCUAUCACUCAUGACCUUAUCUAAGCCUUUUAUACUGGCAUCAUACUUUGUGCUAGUGGAGUGGAUACUCCGUGCUUUCUGUUUGACCUUGCUCAGUUCCCUCUUUAUUUAAUGCCCAUUCUGCACAAGUUAGUUCUCCAUGUCAACAUGGACCUUUUAGAGGUCCAAAGCAGGCACCUUCCC